AAAAAGCCUAAUCCAAAGUAAAACCAAAAGUCAAAAAACAAAAAUCAAGGGACUAAUUACAACACCACCAAAACCACAAGGACCAAACUGAAAACAAAUCCCGCGCCCACACUCAAACCAAAAACUAAACAAAAAUCAAAACCCCUUCAUUUCCCACAAACCUCACAAACACCCCCUCCACUCUUCACACCGUCACCACCACCACCGUUCACCACCACCAUCCAUGGCGGACGACCACCGUGUCGGAGAUCUCAUCCGCCAAUUAGUCCACCGUCUCCACACCACCUCCUCUUCAUCUUCAUCUUCCUCCCCAAUUUCAAACUCAAACCCUAACCCUAACCCUAGCAAUGUCAAAUAUGCCACUCGCAUUCUCUCCAGCCGCAUGACGCCAUCAAUCACCGCCGACGAAGCCGCCAUGGCGUAUUCUAUCAAGAGCCAGUUAGUUAAACAAGGUAAAUUGUCUGACGCUUUAUCCUUUGCAGAUCUGUAUUCUAAAUUCGCCUCUAUUACUGGUCCUGGUAGUGUUAAGAAUAAGUGGAGCGUACUUUACUUGCUUAAAGUUGUUUCCGAAGAUCGUAAAACCAAUGCUAAUAAUAUUCAGACUGUUUCGAGUGUUUCCGGUGGGCUUCCGGCUUUAUUCGAGCCCGAACUUAAUGCUAAUUUACCUAGGGUUGUUAAAGAUAGUGUUAGUUUGGAUUAUGAGGGGAAUGGUGAUGUGAAAGGUUUGAGUCGUAAUGAUUCGAUGAAGUUACGGAAUGGUGGAGUGUUAAUGGUGUCGAAAGAUCCGGAGAAUUUGAGAGACAUGGCGCAUAGGGAGUUUACGGAGUUAGUUAAGGAGGAGAAUAAUGUUUCGGAGGAGGUUUUGGUGAGGGAUGUGUUGUAUUGUUGUCAAGGGAUUGAGGGGAAGUAUGUGUUGUUCGACGAGAGUAUUGACGGAUACGCGUUGCCGGAUACGAUUAGGGUUUCAAAGCCUGCGAGGAUUAUGGUUAGGAAGUUGUGUGAGCUUGGUUGGCUGUUUAAGAAGGUGAAGGAGUAUGUUUCGGAGACGAUGGAAAACUUUCACGAUGAGAAUGUUGGGACGGUUGCUCAAGCGUUUUGUGCAGCGUUGCAGGAUGAGCUUACGGAGUAUUACAAGUUGCUAGCUGUGCUUCAGUCGCAGUCGAUGAACCCGAUCCCUUUGGUUUCGGAGAAUGCGAGUUCAGGAAACUAUCUUUCGUUAAGGAGGCUUUCCGUCUGGUUUGCCGAACCGAUGGUCAAGAUGCGGUUAAUGGCGGUUCUUGUGGACAGUUGUAAGGAUUUAAAGGGCGGUGCGAUGGCGGGAGCUAUUCACAUGCACGCUCAACACGGUGACCCUCUUUUGCAUGAGUUUAUGAAACGGUUGCUUCGUAGAGUGUGCUCGCCGCUUUUCGAAAUGGUUAGAAGUUGGGUUUUAGAAGGCGAGCUUGAAGAUAUAUUUUCUGAAUUUUUCGUUUUGGGUCAUUCCGUAAAAGCGGAAUCAUUAUGGAGAGAAGGGUAUAGACUUCAUUCUGCAAUGCUUCCGUCUUUUAUCUCUCAGUCUCUCGCUAGACGUAUACUAAGAACCGGAAAAUCGAUUAACUUUCUUCGAGUUUGUUGUGAGGAUCGAAGUUGGGCGGAUGCCGCCACACAAGCAGCAGCCGCCACAGGGACCACCACAAGAAGAGGAGGUCUUGGGUACGGUGAAACCGAUGCACUCGAAUCGUUAGUCACCGAAGCAGCAAAGAGAAUCGAUAAACAUCUAAUGGAUGUUGUCUAUAAUCAAUACCGGUUUAAGGAGCAUUGUCUUGCUAUCAAAAGAUAUCUGUUGUUAGGGCAAGGUGAUUUUGUUCAAUAUCUAAUGGAUAUUGUCGGGCCCGAGCUCUCCGAGCCCGCUAACACAAUCAGCUCUUUUAAACUUGCUGGAUUAUUAGAGAGUGCGAUUCGGUCGUCUAACGCACAAUAUGACGAUCCUGACGUGUUGGAGAGAUUGAGGGUCAAGAUGAUGCCACAUAAUGUAGGAGAUCGAGGGUGGGAUGUGUUUUCUUUGGAUUACGAUGCAAGAAUUCCGUUAAAUACCGUGUUUACAGAAUCCGUAAUGGCAAAGUAUUUAAAAAUCUUUAACUUUUUGUGGAAGCUUAGACGGGUAGAGCAUGCGCUUAUAGGCGCGUGGAAGAAAAUGAAACCGAACUUGAUCACUUCACGUUUCUUCACUAAAUUACCGAAAGCGGUUAAGUUUCGGUUAAUUUUGACUUCGAGAAGAUGCCAAGUUCUUUGGAACGAAAUGAAUCAUUUUCUUACGAAUUUGCAGUAUUAUAUAAUGUUCGAAGUGUUGGAGGUUUCAUGGGCUAAUUUUUCCGAUGAAAUGGAAGCUUCCAAAGAUCUGGAUGACUUACUUUCGGCCCAUGAUAAGUAUCUUCACUCGAUUGUUGAGAAAUCACUUCUUGGAGAACGGUCUCAAGCUCUUUAUAAAAGCUUGUUCAUGUUGUUUGACCUUAUUUUACGGUUUCGUAGUCAUGCUGACCGGCUUUAUGAAGGAAUCUAUGAGUUUCAAGCCAGGACCAUGGAAGAUAAGACCGAACCGUCCGCACAUUCUCGAAGCAAAAGUGAAGAUUCUGAAUCAUGGCUUAGUGACGGCAGGAAAGCGAUAACGCAACGUGCUGAUGAAUUUCUUAGAAAUAUGGGACAAGAAAUAGAUGCGGUUUCAAAGGAAUAUUCUUCUCUUUUUAAAGGGUUCAUAUCUCAACUGCCUGUGCAACAACACAUUGAUCUAAAGUUCCUCAUGUUCCGGCUCGAUUUUUCCGAAUUUUAUGGCUCUGCAUUUUAAUUUCCUGGCAAAAUGACCCUAGAUUAGCUUCCACACGCAUCAGUUUAAACGUUUUAUUCAUGAAGGAAACGAGUUCCCAUGAAUCUUGCAAUGGAGACAUGCAGUGGAUUAAGUUCUAAACUCCAGUUGAUGUAUUUGUAUAUCAUUUCGUGUUCUUAGAUUGGAUUUAGUCAAUGGGAUAAUGGUCCGCACAAGCUCGAUGCAGUUAUAAGAGAAGGUAUGCUGCUGCUGUUCUUUAACCAUUUUGUUAUUCUUGUUGAUGUGUACUAUAUUUUCGUAUUUGGCUUGAUAAAGAGUGAUGGGUGCUGUAUGUGAGAGCUUUCGAGUUUUUUUGGCCAAUUUAUCUGUUUUCAAGAACUUUCUGUUAAUAGUUUGGUAUGUGUUUGCCAGUUGAAAUGGAAGUUUUCCAAUUAUUGGAUCA